CCUCGAUGUUGCUAAGUAACAAAACAAACAAGUUUCCUUGAAUACAUAUAUAAAAUUCCAGUUUUUGAUGAAACUGCGCUAUCCAAAUACACUAGAAAUAAAAUAUUGAGUCAUAGUCAUAUUAUAUUGUAUAUAAAUUCAAGUUGAUCGGAAAUAUGGAUAAGGAGAAGGAUAAGCAAAGCGAUGACUUAUUAAAUCGCAUACGAAAUGAGUUGACGGCCAUUAUGAAUGAGAACAAUAGCAAUGAUCCCAAACGUAGAAUUUCAUUUGAGGAUAUUAUGAACCCUACGCCACUGCCUAUUAAGCUACAGGACAAGAGUGAAAAGAAGAAAAAGACCUCUAAUAAAAGUCAAAUAUAUCACAACCCACAAUCGCAUCGCUUGUCAAUUGGCGGAAAAACAAUUACCAUGAAGCCAUCAAGUGAACGAAUGACGGCUGGCCAGGAACAAGCUAGCGAAGCAUCAUCGUCAUCAUCGGCAAUGGGAACAUCAAGUGCCACUUCGUUGAGGGCUAUGCUGCCCAAAUUGGACCACAGCGUAACAGCGGAUUUUCUGCAGUCUAACAGCGCAAAGUCUAUUGAUGAGGAUAUGCAAAAGAUGCAGCUGGAGUUGGCACAGAGCUAUCAAUUGUUUCAGGGUAUUGGUGAGAAGUUCGACUCCAUCAAUUUUGGCUCACUGAAGUCUCGCAUACACAACUUACGUAUAAACAAUAUGACCAAUGAAAUGGGAAAGGUCACAACCAGCGAACUACAGAAAAUGUUCGAGUCUAGUUUUUUGCAGAAUCGGUUGGACAAGCUAACCAAAAAUGUUAGCGAAGAUUUUCGUCAGCAUCCCGGUGAAUUUGGUGAUAUACCCGAGUUGAGCAACUUCUUCCAGGCCUGUACCCAACUAGAGCACGGCCUGGACACGUUGAAGCAACAGCGUCAACGCACCAACGAGCUGGAGCAGCGUUUAUGUUGGGCCACAGAGAUUGCGUACGAUCGCAUGGAGGAAAUACGCAAUUCAGUAGGCGAUAACCCAGAAACUAAUUUCUAAGCCUUUUAAAAAUUGAUUU